AUGGAUGUUGAUUCUGACGUUAAUGUCUCCAGGUUAAGAGAUGAACUGCAUAAGGUGGCAAACGAGGAAACAGAUACCGCCACUUUCAAUGAUGAUGCGCCAUCCGGCGCCACCUGCCGUAUUUGUCGUGGAGAAGCUACUGAGGACAAUCCUCUUUUCCAUCCUUGUAAAUGCAGGGGCUCAAUUAAAUACAUGCAUGAAUCCUGUCUGUUGGAAUGGGUAGCUUCAAAAAAUAUAGACAUUUCAAAACCAGGCGCGGAUGUUAAAUGUGACAUCUGUCACUAUCCCAUUCAAUUCAAAACGAUAUAUGCGGAAAACAUGCCCGAAAAGAUACCUUUUUCUUUACUACUAUCCAAGAGCAUCUUGACAUUUUUCGAAAAAGCUCGUUUGGCUUUAACGAUUGGUUUGGCCGCUGUACUAUAUAUUAUCGGUGUUCCUUUGGUAUGGAACAUGUUUGGAAAAUUAUACACCAUGAUGCUAGAUGGAUCAUCCCCUUAUCCUGGUGAUUUCCUAAAGAGUUUGAUUUAUGGUUAUGAUCAGUCAGCAACUCCAGAAUUAACCACGAGAGCAAUUUUUUACCAACUUUUACAAAACCAUUCGUUUACGUCUUUACAAUUUAUUAUGAUAGUGAUACUACAUAUAGCAUUGUACUUUCAAUACGAUAUGAUAGUAAGAGAGGAUGUUUUCAGUAAAAUGGUUUUCCACAAGAUAGGUCCAAGAUUAUCUCCCAAGGACUUGAAAUCACGUUUGAAGGAAAGAUUCCCCAUGAUGGAUGAUAGAAUGGUUGAAUAUUUAGCGAGGGAAAUGAGAGCUCAUGACGAAAAUCGUCAAGAGCAAGGUCAUGAUAGACUGAACAUGCCAGCCGCAGCAGCAGAUAAUAAUAAUAAUGUUAUUAAUCCCAGAAACGAUAACGUUCCACCUCAGGAUCCUAAUGACCAUCGGAAUUUUGAAAACCUUCGCCACGUAGACGAAUUAGAUCAUGAUGAGGCUACGGAAGAGCACGAGAACAACGACUCUGACAAUAGUUUACCAUCAGGUGAUGAUUCGUCACGAAUUUUACCGGGGUCUUCAAGUGACAACGAAGAAGAUGAAGAAGCAGAGGGGCAACAGCAACAGCAGCAACCAGAAGAAGAGGCAGAUUACCGUGAUCAUAUAGAGCCCAAUCCGAUUGACAUGUGGGCAAAUCGUCGUGCGCAAAAUGAAUUUGAUGACCUAAUCGCUGCUCAACAGAACGCAAUAAACAGGCCCAACGCUCCGGUUUUCAUCCCACCACCUGCCCAAAACAGAGCUGGAAAUGUCGAUCAAGACGAACAAGACUUUGGCGCAGCUGUUGGUGUGCCACCAGCACAGGCUAACCCAGACGAUCAAGGACAAGGCCCUCUAGUGAUAAAUCUCAAAUUGAAAUUGUUGAAUGUCAUUGCUUAUUUCAUAAUUGCCGUAGUUUUCACCGCAAUAUACCUGGCAAUUUCCUAUUUGUUUCCAACUUUUAUUGGGUUCGGUUUGUUGAAAAUUUAUUUUGGUAUAUUUAAGGUUAUUUUGCGUGGGUUGUGCCAUCUUUACUACUUGUCUGGCGCUCAUAUAGCUUACAAUGGGCUGACGAAACUGGUCCCUAAAGUAGAUGUCGCGAUGAGUUGGAUUUCAGACCACUUAAUUCAUGACAUCAUUUAUCUUUACAACGGCUACACUGAAAACACCAUGAAGCACUCAAUUUUCAUCAGAGCUUUACCUGCUUUAACGACGUAUCUAACCUCAGUCAGUAUCGUUUGUGCUUCAUCCAAUCUUGUCUCGAGGGGUUAUGGCCGUGAGAACGGAAUGAGCAACCCUACUAGAAGGCUGAUUUUCCAGAUUUUAUUUGCACUCAAAUGCACUUUCAAGGUGUUCACUUUAUUUUUCAUCGAAUUGGCUGGAUUCCCCAUUCUAGCUGGUGUAAUGCUAGAUUUCUCAUUAUUUUGCCCAAUCCUGGCAUCCAAUAGUCGGAUGCUUUGGGUUCCUUCAAUAUGCGCAAUAUGGCCUCCAUUUUCCCUUUUCGUAUACUGGACGAUUGGUACUCUCUACAUGUAUUGGUUUGCCAAAUAUAUCGGAAUGAUUAGGAAAAAUAUCAUUAGACCAGGUGUUCUAUUCUUUAUCAGAUCUCCAGAAGAUCCUAAUAUUAAGAUCUUGCAUGAUAGUUUAAUUCAUCCGAUGAGUAUUCAAUUAUCAAGGCUUUGCUUAUCCAUGUUUAUUUAUGCGAUUUUUAUUGUCUUAGGUUUUGGCUUCCAUACUAGAAUUUUUUUCCCAUUCAUGCUCAAAUCGAACUUAUUAUCCGUUCCUGAAGCUUAUAAACCAACAUCAAUUAUUUCAUGGAAGUUCAAUACAAUUUUGCUAACUUUAUAUUUUACGAAGAGGAUCCUGGAGUCUAGCUCUUACGUUAAACCCUUAUUGGAAAGGUAUUGGAAAACAAUUUUUAAGUUAUGUUCAAGAAAAUUACGUUUAUCAUCCUUUAUCUUAGGUAAAGAUACCCCAACAGAGAGAGGCCAUAUUGUUUACCGCAAUUUGUUUUACAAGUACAUUGCUGCCAAGAAUGCAGAAUGGUCAAACCAAGAACUUUUCACUAAACCAAAGACUCUAGAACAAGCAGAAGAAUUGUUUGGGCAAGUUCGUGACGUUCAUGCUUAUUUUGUCCCCGAUGGCGUUUUAAUGCGUGUUCCUUCUUCUGAUAUAGUAUCCAGAAAUUAUGUACAAACAAUGUUUGUCCCCGUUACAAAGGAUGAUAAGCUGUUGAAACCAUUAGAUUUGGAAAGAAUUAAAGAGAGAAACAAACGUGCUGCUGGUGAAUUUGGUUAUUUAGACGAACAAAACACGGAAUAUGAUCAAUAUUAUAUCGUUUACGUCCCUCCAGAUUUCCGUUUACGCUAUAUGACAUUGCUUGGCCUGGUUUGGUUAUUUGCUUCCAUUUUAAUGCUUGGUGUUACAUUUAUUAGUCAAGCUUUAAUAAACUUUGUUUGUAGUUUCGGCUUUCUUCCAGUCGUAAAGCUAUUGUUAGGUGAAAGAAAUAAGGUCUAUGUUGCAUGGAAGGAACUCUCUGACAUUAGCUACUCCUAUUUGAACAUUUAUUAUGUCUGUGUCGGAUCUGUUUGUUUAUCCAAGAUUGCUAAGGAUAUUCUUCAUUUUACAGAAGGCCAAAACACUCUCGAUGAACAUGCCGUUGACGAAAACGAAGUAGAGGAAGUGGAACACGAUAUACCAGAGAGAGAUAUCAACAAUGCCCCUGUUAAUAAUAUCAAUAAUGUGGAAGAGGGUCAAGGAAUUUUCAUGGCCAUCUUUAACAGUAUAUUUGAUAGUAUGUUGGUGAAGUAUAACCUGAUGGUGUUUAUAGCUAUCAUGAUUGCGGUUAUUAGAACUAUGGUUUCGUGGGUCGUCUUAACCGAUGGUAUACUAGCCUGUUACAAUUAUCUCACCAUCAGAGUGUUUGGCAAUUCUUCAUACACUAUUGGUAAUUCCAAAUGGUUUAAAUAUGACGAGAGUUUGUUAUUCGUCGUUUGGAUCAUUUCGUCAAUGGUCAAUUUCGGAACCGGAUAUAAGUCAUUGAAACUAUUUUUCAGAAACAGAAAUACUAGUAAAUUGAACUUCUUGAAAACAAUGGCUUUGGAACUGUUUAAACAAGGUUUCCUGCACAUGGUAAUUUACGUCUUGCCGAUUAUUAUUUUAUCCUUAGUAUUUUUACGUGAUGUUUCUACAAAGCAGAUUAUCGAUAUUAGCCAUGGAUCCAGGAGUUUCACUUUAUCGCUUAACGAAUCAUUCCCAACAUGGACAAGGAUGCAAGAUAUUUAUUUCGGACUACUGAUAGCAUUAGAGUCAUUUACGUUCUUUUUCCAAGCAACUGUGCUGUUCAUUCAAUGGUUCAAAAGUACUGUACAGAAUGUAAAAGACGAGGUUUACACUAAGGGUAGAGCUUUAGAAAAUUUACCAGAUGAAAGUUAA